GCUGGAAGUGAUGGCGAAAGUAUUGGAAACUGUCCUUUUUGCCAACGCCUUUUUAUGAUACUCUGGCUUAAAGGAGUUAAAUUUAAUGUGACUACUAUUGAUAUAACUAGAAAAUCUGAAGAACUGAAGAACUUAGCCCCAGGUACCAAUCCUCCAUUCUUGGUAUAUAACAAAGAGUUGAAAACAGACUUCAUUAAAAUUGAGGAGUUUCUGGAGUAGACACUCGCUCCUCCAAGGUAUCCUCACCUGAGUCCCAAGUACAGGGAAUAUUUCGAUGUGGGCUGUAAUCUCUUUGCCAAUUUUUCUGCAUACAUUAAGAAUACACAAAAGUAAGCAAAUAAGAAUUUUGAAAAAUCUCUGCUUAGAGAAUUUAAGCGUUUGGAUGACUACUUAAAUACUCCACUUCUGGAUGAAAUUGAUCCUGACAGUGCUGAGUUUCAUACAGCUUCCAGAAGACUGUUCUUGGAUGGUAAUCAACUAACGCUGGCUGACUGUAGUUUGAUGCCCAAAAUGAACAUUAUUAAAGUUGCUUCAAAGAAGUACCAUGACUUUGACAUUCCAGCAGAAUUCUCAGGAGUCUGGCGCUACUUCCACAAAGCUUAUGCUUGUGAAUAAUUUGCCCACACAUGUCCUGAAGACAAAGAAAUUGAAAAUACCUAUGCAAGAGUGGCAAAACAGUAG